GAAGCAGAAUUCGUGUUGCAAGUGAAGCACAGCUUGGACCGAACCUUCCCAUAGACAUGCAUGGCAGGAUGUUUGCUGGCCUGUUGCUGACCAUUUUCCUCAGCAUCAACAUUUUAAGAUCUGAAUCUCAAGCAAAGGCUGUUCCAGGACCAGACAGGAUGCAAAGAGGUGUGGGACUGGUCCGGCGCAACUGGCCGAUGCAGCUGACUCAGGAUCAGAAGCAUUUGAUCUCCCAGUUCUUGCCUCACCUGUAUGACUCUGAACUUGCUGCUACGGGAAAUAAUCUGAAUGACGACGAUACACAUUUUCCGAACUGGAUGGAUUUUGGACGACGAAGCUCUGAAGAUCAGGAUGGAAAUGCUUAAGUUACCCUGGGGCAGGGAGAGCUUAAGCCCCAGGCAAAUGUCUGGUAGACAUAGGCAGAAAGCAGACAUUCUAAAUAGUUAUUUGAUAAUCAUUUCUGUUCAGAUAAGAUGUGUUCGUGCCUAUUUGUUCCAAUAAAAAUGAU